UCCAAAUGACCUCCAAUCUGCUGCUCGCCGUGAUGCUGAUGGUGAUGCUGAUGCUGGUGCUGCUGCUGCCCAUGGCUGCCGGGUACAACUACUGCAACAACAGAACCCAUCUGUGCGACCUGGCCGAGAGUAAGCACUUCAUGUGCAAGCUGGAGGACCUGAAGCCCUACGGAGGCCGGACCAAGUACCACAUCAGCAUUCCGGACACCCAGAAGGUGCGCAAGGAAAUGCUGGGCGUGCUCAACACCUUCCGGAACAUGUUCGCCGGCGGGGAACUGGACCUACCCGAGAACAAGACAUUCCCCAGCGCCAAGCGGAUGAGAGUGCUCAUUUGGGACAGUGAGCUGGCCUACAUGGCACGCACCCACGCCGCCACCGUGUCCUUCAUGCACUCCGAGUGCCGCGCUACCGUGCGAUUCCCGAUGACGGGUGAGAUCCUGGUCCUGUCGCCUCCUACCAAGCACAAGUUCAGUCUAACGGAGUUGCUGGGCAUUGUCUUCGGCCAGGUUUUCGAAGAACACAAGACUGUUAAGGAUCCGCAGAAUUUCCCCAGAGCCCUUGAUUCCGAAAGGCACUACCGCGCGGGGCACUUCUCCCUCAUCGUCAACGAUCGGAUGUCUCGAGUGGGUUGUGGGAUCUCCGUGGGUUCCAACUGCGAAAGGGACGGCGAAGUCGGCUUCUGCCACUUCCUCACCUGCCACUUUGAUCGCACGAACGUGAACGGAACCUUUGUCUACAAGACGGGCAAAGCUGCCACUGGCUGCAACGACUGGAAGAGCACCGCCAACAUCAAGUAUGCGAAUCUAUGCGAAAACACUGGCGAAAUCUUUCCCCUGGUGAGAGGAUACUCCUCCUCUGAUUCCUUUGCUAUAACGUGUAUACUUGCAGGAAGAUUAGCGACAUAUUCAAGGACCCUCCAGCAAUCGAAGGUCCUUUUCCCUUUACUUCACAACUCGUUCAAGUUAGAAGUUUCCCAAACUGUUUAAAUUCCUAGUAAAAUGAUGUUGAGUGCCGUGCUGCCUGUGAUUUUGCUUUUG